GUCAGUGACGUCGCGCCGGUUGGUCGUUCAGUGGUUCCCCCUACCGACGAGAGGCGUAAGCAAGAUGGCGGAUGAUAGGGUACCACCUCCUCUGGUCGAAGAAGACGAUUCGGCUGUAAAAGAGGAUACAGAAGAUUUAUUUAUAUCCGCAGUAGAUACACAAUUGAACAUAUCUAACGGUGACAAAAAAGCUGUACCACCAAAUACAAUUGAAGACUUAAUGGCUGGUGGUGGAAUAGAAGUCAAUUUAGAUGACGAUGUUCCUCUUCCCACACCUCAAUCAAAACUAGAAUUUUGUACACCAGAAGAAGAAUUUAGCAAAGAUAUUCCGACAUUGGAUAAAAGUAAAGAAACGAGCGUAGAAAAUGAUAACUCUACUGCUGCUGAAAUUACACCAUCUCAGCCUGUAAAAUUCACAACAAAAANAUUUCAUAUUGCAGAAUCAUUAAUUUAUCAGGAAUAUUUGUCUACAAGAUUUACUAAAGGAAUAUCUAAGAUAAAUUCUAUAGGUUUCUACUUAUAUUUAACAUUUGUGAAUAAACUUCUAAAACUUUCAAUUAUAGGUGGUGGAAUAGAAGUCAAUUUAGAUGACGAUGUUCCUCUUCCCACACCUCAAUCAAAACUAGAAUUUUGUACACCAGAAGAAGAAUUUAGCAAAGAUAUUCCGACAUUGGAUAAAAGUAAAGAAACGAGCGUAGAAAAUGAUAACUCUACUGCUGCUGAAAUUACACCAUCUCAGCCUGUAAAAUCCACAACAAAGAAAUCAGCAAAGUCUGGUGAAGAGCUGGAAGAAGAUCAGUUUCUAGAAAUUACUGUUGAUAAUCCACAUAAAAUUGGUGAUGGUAUGGGAGCAUACGUUGUUUAUAAAGUUACUACCAAGACAAAUUUGCCAUACUUUAAGAAGAAACUGUUUUCUGUAUCAAGAAGAUUCAGUGAUUUCCUCGGUUUGCAUGAUAAAUUAGUAGAAAGACACCUUCAUUUAGGACGUAUAGUUCCUCCUGCACCAGAAAAAAGUGUUAUUGGAAUGACAAAAAUUAAAAUGUCAAAAGAUGAAACUGUUUCAUCAACCGACUUUAUUGAAAAGAGAAGAGCUGCAUUGGAGCGAUAUCUGAAUCGUACUGCAUCACAUCCAGUACUAAGGAUGGAUCCUGAUUUCCGUGAUUUUCUUGAAACUGAAGCUGAAUUGCCAAAAGCAACAAAUACAUCUGCUCUUAGUGGUGCUGGUGUCAUUCGUUUAUUUAAUAGAGUAGGAGACACUGUAAAUAAAAUGACAUUCAAAAUGGAUGAAUCGGAUCCAGUUUUAUUAACAAAUCCACAUUAUGCAAUCCAGUGGUUUGAAGAGAAACAGCAUCAAAUAGAAAACCUUGAUCAGCAAUUGAGGAAACUACAUUCUAGUGUCGAAGCUUUGGUACAUCAUCGCAAAGAACUUUCCUCCUCGACGGCAUCUUUUGCAAAAAGUGCUGCAAUGAUGGGAAAUUGUGAAGAGCACACGGCUCUCUCUAGAGCACUAUCACAGUUGGCUGAAGUAGAAGAGAAAAUUGAACAACUGCAGUGUCAGCAGGCUAAUCAUGACUUCUAUUUACUUUCUGAACUGCUAAAAGAUUACAUCAGUCUUAUAGCUGCUGUAAAGGAUGUUUUCCAUCAGCGGGUGAAAGUUUAUCAAACUUGGCAACAUGCUCUACAAAUUCUUACAAAGAAGAGAGAACAGAAGGCAAAGUUAGAACUUGCAGGAAAAACCGAUAAGAUACCUCAAGCAAGAGAGGAAGUGAUUGAGUGGGAAGCAAAAGUGGAACGUGGCCAGGAAGAGUUUGAAAAUAUUUCAAAGAUGAUUCGCAAGGAAGUGGAACGUUUUGAACAAACCAGAGUACAAGAUUUCAAAGCAACAAUUAUCAAGUACAUGGAACAAUUACUAGAAACUCAGCAACAGCUUAUAAAAUAUUGGGAGGGCUUCAUACCGGAGGCCAAAGCCAUUGCCUGAAUAUGUCCAUCCAAUUCGCAUUCUGUAAUUUUAUAGUUAUGUACAGGAUGUAAAGCACGGGCAAUGUAACUUUUUGACUUCGGGCGUCACGAGGUCACCACAACUGGGGUCUGGACGGUUCUAGGUGAAAUUCCACCUCUCGCCCAUAUAAUGAAUAUUCUCGUUAUGAUUUUGAAAGGAAAUAAAAUACUGUAUAUGCGUACAUAUAAAUGAAAUAUAUAUAUGAGUUCAGAAUUAUUUUAAAUAAGAAUUGCUCAAAACUUUGUACUUUCUUGAAAAUCAUGGCUUCAAAGAAAAUCAAUUUUGUCUUUUGAGAGGUUGUAAUUAUUAAUUGUAUGAAUUUGGUGCUUUCAAAUUAUUUUUAAAUAGUUGUAAAGAUUUUGAUUCCUUGAUAUUCCUUAUUGCUACACUUGUUACACUAAAGAAAUAAUAUUUAAGAUUGUGUAAAUUUUUCAAGUUAUGGAAUAUAUUGCAAAAGAUAUUGUAUGUAUUGAAUAUUUGGCAGAAAUAAAAGACAAAUUAGUAUUUCCUUAAAU